AUGUAUAUGCCUACGUCAGGCCUGCCUCGACCUCCUCGACCACCGGCACUGCCUUGUGAUAGCGUGUAUACGCGCUGCUAUUGCGAAGAGAACAUAUACUUGCUUGCAGCAAACUUUGAAGGACGUAACGAUGUUAAAGAUAGAUGGGAAACGUUCGUGAUUUUCAUCUCGAAUCCAAGGAAGACGGUAGCGCUGUGGAACCAGACUGCUCGCGAGGGAAUAGUGGUAUGGGACUACCACGUCAUUCUCGUCCUUCGGCCUCGUCCUGCCAAGAUAGAUCGUAUGGAUCGGAGCCACGAUGAAGAGGAUGCUGCAUCAUGGGUUUAUGAUUUCGAUACGCAGCUCCCCAGACCAUGCACAGCGAAAGACUAUAUCGCAGGAACAUUCCCUUCGGGCGACGAGCUCCCCACAGAAUACCAAAGUCUCUUCCGAGUCAUACCUGCCCAAACGUACCUAGAUAAUUUUGCGUCCGACCGCUCGCACAUGAACGCUCGAAGGCCAUUAGCCGAAGCUCUGCCACAAUAUGUCUCCCCUCCGCCGGAAUAUGCCCCUAUAUGCGGUCCGCUCGCAAAGCAGAAGGGCCUGAAGACUAAUCUGAUGGACUCCUUUGUCCAUGAUGCCCGAAGAGCAGAGACAUACGGUUCAGUACUUGCUCCCUUCCUCAUCUUCUAUGCUUGAGAGGUCCCUUAAGUCGUGAUCCUCACGCAACAACCUCAAGGUUUGUAUGACAUCUAAAAGGUCCUGCUCCACUCUAUCUUGUGCAUCGGCUCGGAAUUCCUCUAGUUUCUCAGCUAUAAGGGUGAGUAAAGGGUCGCUCCUGUACAGCAG